ACGUACUCUGGCCUCUUCUGUGUGGUGAUAAACCCCUACAAAAACCUGCCCAUCUACUCGGAGAACAUCAUUGAGAUGUACAGGGGCAAGAAGAGACACGAGAUGCCCCCUCACAUCUACGCCAUCUCAGAGUCUGCGUACAGAUGCAUGCUCCAAGAUCGAGAGGACCAAUCAAUUCUUUGCACAGGUGAAUCUGGUGCUGGCAAGACGGAAAACACUAAAAAGGUCAUCCAGUACCUUGCACAUGUCGCUUCCUCCCAUAAAGGAAAAAGAGACCACAGCCUUCCUGUAAGUCCAGAGUCGCCUAAACCAGUAAAACUACAGGCGGAAAAUAAUCAUGUUAGUGGAGCCCUGUUCUAUGGUGAAUUGGAACGUCAACUCUUACAAGCCAACCCCAUCCUUGAGUCCUUCGGCAACGCCAAGACAGUGAAGAAUGACAACUCGUCACGAUUCGGAAAGUUCAUCCGGAUCAACUUUGAUGUCACCGGAUACAUCGUUGGGGCCAACAUUGAAACUUAUCUACUGGAGAAAUCCAGAGCUAUUCGCCAAGCCAAAGACGAGCGCACCUUCCACAUCUUCUACCAGCUGCUGUGUGGGGCAGGAGAACAUCUCAAGUCGGACCUGCUCCUGGAGGGCUUCAACAGCUACCGCUUCCUGUCCAACGGCAACAUUACCGUCCCUGGUCAGCAGGACAAAGAUAACUUCCAGGAGACCAUGGAGGCCAUGAACAUCAUGAGCUUCUCCCACGACGAGAUCCUGGCCAUGCUGAAGGUGGUCUCCUCCGUGCUUCAGUUUGGGAACAUCAUCUUCAAGAAGGAGAGGAACUCAGACCAGGCCUCUAUGCCUGAGAACACAGCGGCCCAGAAGUUGUGCCACCUGUUGGGGCUGAACGUGAUGGAGUUCACCCGGGCCAUCCUUUCUCCGAGGAUCAAGGUGGGACGAGACUACGUCCAGAAGGCCCAGACCAAAGAACAGGCUGACUUUGCAGUAGAGGCUCUGGCCAAGGCCACAUACGAGCGUCUGUUUCGCUGGCUGGUCCACCGCAUCAACAAGGCCCUGGACCGCACCAAACGCCAGGGGGCCUCCUUCAUCGGCAUCCUGGACAUCGCUGGCUUUGAGAUCUUCCAGCUGAAUUCGUUUGAGCAGCUGUGCAUCAACUACACCAACGAGAAGCUGCAGCAGCUGUUCAACCACACCAUGUUCGUCCUGGAGCAGGAGGAGUACCAGAGGGAGGGCAUCGAGUGGAGCUUCAUCGACUUCGGCCUGGACCUGCAGCCCUGCAUCGACCUCAUCGAGAGGCCGGUCAGUAUCCGUUUAGCAAACCCUCCUGGUGUGCUGGCUCUGUUGGAUGAAGAGUGCUGGUUCCCCAAGGCCACAGACAAGACAUUCAUAGACAAGCUGGUCCAGGAGCAGGGCACCCACCCCAAGUUCCAGAAGCCCAGACAGCUAAAGGACAAGGCAGACUUCUGCAUCAUCCACUACGCUGGCAAGGUGGACUACAAGGCAGAUGAGUGGCUGAUGAAGAACAUGGACCCCCUGAAUGACAACGUGGCCUCGCUGCUCAACCAGUCCACUGACAAGUUUGUGGCCGAGCUCUGGAAAGAUGUGGACCGCAUCGUGGGCCUGGACCAGGUGGCGGGCAUGGCGGAGACAACGUUCGGAGCCACCUACAAGACCAAGAAGGGCAUGUUCCGCACGGUGGGCCAGCUCUACAAGGAGUCCCUCACCAAGCUCAUGGCCACCUUGAGGAACACCAACCCCAAUUUCGUCCGCUGCAUAAUCCCUAACCACGAGAAGAGGGCUGGUAAGCUGGAGCCCCACCUGGUUCUGGACCAGCUGAGGUGUAAUGGAGUUCUGGAGGGGAUCCGUAUCUGCAGACAGGGCUUCCCCAACCGCAUCGUCUUCCAGGAGUUCAGACAGAGGUACGAGAUCCUGACCCCUAAUGCCAUCCCCAAGGGCUUCAUGGACGGGAAACAGGCCUGUGAGAGGAUGAUCCGAGCGUUGGAACUGGACCCCAACCUGUUCCGUAUCGGCCAGAGUAAGAUCUUCUUCAGGACCGGAGUCCUGGCCCACCUGGAGGAGGAGAGAGACCUGAAGAUCACCGAUAUCAUCAUCUACUUCCAGUCCGUCUGCCGCGGCUACCUGGCACGCAAGGCAUUUGCUAAGAAGCAGCAGCAGCUGAGUGCUCUGAAGGUCCUCCAGAGGAACUGUGCUGCCUACCUCAAGCUGCGCCACUGGCAGUGGUGGAGACUCUUCACCAAGGUGAAGCCUCUGCUCCAGGUGACCAGGCAGGAGGAGGAGAUGCUGGCCAAAGACGAGGAGCUGGUCAAGGUGAAGGAGAGACAGAGCAAGGUGGAGGGAGAGCUGGUGGAGAUGGAGAGGAAACACCAACAGCUCCUAGAAGAGAAGAACAUCCUAGCAGAGCAGUUGCAGGCGGAGACAGAGCUGUUUGCCGAGGCGGAGGAGAUGAGGGCCCGCCUGGCCGCUAAGAAGCAGGAGCUGGAGGAGAUCCUCCAUGACCUGGAGUCCAGAGUGGAGGAGGAGGAGGAGAGGAACCAGAGCAUGCAGAACGAGAAGAAGAAGAUGCAGUCCCACAUCCAGGAUCUAGAGGAGCAGUUAGAUGAGGAGGAGGCAGCCAGGCAGAAGCUGCAGCUGGAGAAGGUGACGGCCGAGGCCAAGAUCAAGAAGAUGGAGGAGGACAUUCUACUGCUGGAGGACCAGAACUCCAAGUUCCUCAAGGAGAAGAAGCUGCUGGACGACCGUGUGGCCGAGAUGACCUCCCAGUUGACGGAGGAGGAGGAGAAGGCCAAGAACCUGGGCAAGGUCAAGAACAAGCAGGAGAUGAUGAUGGUGGACCUGGAAGAGCGCCUGAAGAAGGAGGAGAAGACUCGCCAGGAGCUGGAGAAGGCCAAGAGGAAGCUAGACGCUGAGACCACUGACCUCCAGGACCAGAUAGCUGAGCUGCAGGCCCAGAUAGAGGAGCUCAAGAUCCAGCUGGCCAAGAAGGAGGAGGAGCUACAGGCCGCUCUGGCCAGGGGUGAUGACGAGGCGGCCCAGAAGAACAACGCCCUGAAAGCUGUGCGGGAGCUGCAGGCCCAGCUGUCAGAGCUGCAGGAGGACCUGGAGUCAGAGAAGGUGUCCAGGAACAAGGCCGAGAAACUCAAGAGGGACCUCAGUGAGGAGCUGGAGGCUCUGAAGACUGAGCUGGAGGACACUCUGGAUACCACCGCCGCCCAGCAGGAGCUCAGGACCAAGCGAGAGCAGGAGGUGGCUGAGCUGAAGAAGGCCAUCGACGAGGAGACCAAGAACCACGAGUCUCAGGUCCAGGAGAUGAGACAGAGACACUCCACCGCCCUGGAGGAGCUGUCUGAGAAUUUGGAGCAAGCCAAGAGGUUCAAGUCCAACCUGGAGAAGAACAAGUGUACCCUGGAGAGUGACAACAAGGAGCUGGUGAGCGAGGUGAAGGGGCUACAGCAGGCCAAGACAGAGUCAGAACACAAGAGGAAGAAGAUGGAGGCUCAGCUGCAGGAGUUCAUGGCCCGAGCCACCGAGGGAGAGAGGGCUAAAGUAGAGCUGGCCGACCGCACACACAAACUACAGACGGAGCUGGACACUGUCUCCGCCCUGCUGGAGGACGCUGAGAAAAAGGGAAUCAAGCUGGCCAAGGAUUCAGCCAGCCUGGAGAGUACUCUUCAGGACACACAGGAGCUGCUCCAGGAGGAGACUCGUCAGAAGCUGAACCUGAGCGGUCGUAUCCGUCAGCUGGAGGAGGACAACAGCACCCUGCAGGAGCAGCAGGAGGAGGACGAGGAGGCCCACAGGAACCUGGAGAAACAACUGGCCACGCUGCAGGCACAGCUGUUUGAGUCUAGGAAGAAGCUGGAUGAGGACGUGGGGACCCUGGAGUCUCUGGAGGAGGUGAAGAGGAAGCUGCAGAAGGACAUGGAGCUGACUAGCCAGCGGCUAGAGGAGAAGGCCUCCGCCUUCGACAAGAUGGAGAAGACCAAGACCCGCCUGCAGCAGGAGCUGGACGACCUCAUGGUGGACCUGGACCACCAGAGGACCAUCGUCUCCAACCUGGAGAAGAAGCAGAAGAAGUUCGACCAGCUCCUGGCUGAGGAGAAGACCAUCUCUGCCCGCUAUGCUGAGGAGCGUGACAAGGCCGAGGCUGAGGCCAGGGAGAAGGAGACCAAGGCUCUGUCUAUGGCCCGGGCUCUGGACGAGGCCCUGGAGGCCAAGGAGGAGUUUGAGAGGCUCAACAAGCAGCUGAGGACUGAGAUGGAGGAUUUGAUGAGCUCCAAGGACGACGUGGGCAAGAGCGUCCAUGAGCUGGAGAAGUCGAAGCGCACCCUGGAGCAGCAGGUCGAGGAGAUGAGGACCCAGCUGGAGGAGCUGGAGGACGAGCUGCAGGCCACGGAGGACGGCAAGCUGCGUCUGGAGGUCAACAUGCAGGCCAUGAAGGCCCAGUUUGACAGGGACCUGCAGGCCAGAGACGAACAGAACGAGGAGAAGAAGAGGACGCUGGUCAAACAGGUUCGUGAGAUGGAGGCAGAGCUGGAGGAUGAGAGGAAGCAGAGAGCCCUGGCCGUGGCAGCUAAGAAGAAGCUGGAGAUGGACCUCAAGGACCUGGAGGGGCAGAUAGAAGCAUCCAACAAGGCCAGAGAUGAAGCCAUCAAACAGCUCAGAAAACUACAGGCCCAGAUGAAGGACUACCAGAGGGAGCUGGAGGAGGCCAGAGCAUCCCGUGACGAGAUCUUUGCCCAGUCUAAGGAGAACGAGAAGAAACUCAAGGGCCUGGAAGCUGAGAUCCUACAGCUGCAGGAGGACCUGGCGGCUUCAGAGAGGGCCCGUAGACACGCUGAGCAGGAGAGAGACGAGCUGGCCGACGAGAUCUCAAAUAGCACCUCUGGAAAGUCGGCCCUGCUGGAUGAGAAGAGGAGGCUGGAGGCCCGCAUCUCGCAGCUGGAGGAGGAACUAGAGGAGGAACAGAGCAACAUGGAGCUGCUCAACGACCGCUUCCGCAAGACCACCAUGCAGGUGGACACCCUGAACACGGAGCUGACUGGGGAGCGCAGCGCGGCCCAGAAGAGUGAGAACGCCCGUCAAGGGAUGGAGAGGCAGAACAAGGAGCUGAAGGCCAAGCUGGGAGAGCUGGAGGGGGCAGUCAAGUCCAAGUUCAAGGCUGCCAUCACCGCCCUGGACGCCAAGAUAAUGCAGCUUGAGGAGCAACUGGAGCAGGAGGCCAAGGAGAGGGCAGCAGCCAAUAAGAUCGUCCGACGCACGGAGAAGAAGCUGAAAGAGGUGGUGAUUCAGGUGGAGGACGAGCGUCGCCAUGCCGACCAGUACAAGGAGCAGAUGGAGAAGGCCAACUCUCGUAUGAAGCAGCUGAAGCGUCAGCUGGAGGAGGCUGAGGAGGAGGCUACCAGGGCCAACGCCUCCCGUAGGAAACUACAGAGGGAGCUGGACGACGCCACCGAAGCCAGCGAGGGCCUGAACCGCGAGGUCAACACACUCAAGAACCGCCUGAGGCGUGGAGGCCCCAUCAGCUUCUCGUCUAGCCGUUCAGGCCGCAGCCGGCAGCUUCAGAUCGACGGAGCCUCCGUGGACAAUUCUGAUGAUGACGCCGACAGCCGCUCCAGCGACCACAACGACACGCAAGCCUCCAACCAGACUGAAUAGACGCACCCUGCUAAUCCUACCAACCCUAUCGAUUAGCCUGUCUGGCAUCAUGGUGACAACAACACUUCAGCCUCUCCAUCUGUCCCUGUCCACGAGUCAACAGCAGGGAGAACCAGGGUUGUGUUCAUUAGACACCAAAACAGAAGAAAACAGUCCGAAACAGGGAGGGACUACCUGGACUUGUCCAAUAAAAACCGCUUGUUUUCAUUUUCCGUUGAAAGACGUUUUCAAAUGUUUUGCUACGGUGUGUUCUAAUGAUUACGACCCAGACCACCCACCCCCUCAGAAAUGCUCUCUUCCUGGGGAUGACAAAACAAUUACUCCCACUUGGGCGGUUUACUCUGCCUUACUCUAACAUUACUCUAACAUUAUUCCUACUCUACUCUGGCUAGCUGCUCGGCCCGGCGAGUGUCCCAAUGAUCUGAAGCAUCUUAAUAUAGUCCUCCCUAGGCGUGGAAUUAUGUGCUCCGCUUAAAUGAAUAUGUAAACUUAUGUACAAGUGCUUUUUACUUAUGAACUAUGCGUAUGUGCGUGUGUGUACAUAUGAGUAUGUAUGGUAUGUGUAUCCACCUACACGCCAAACUGCAAGGAAAGGAGUGAAACUUGGUAACGUUUUGUCGUCCUCCUCACACAUGAAACAAAACAUUGUCUUGUAAUACAAGUUUGUUACCAAAUCUAAAGCCAUCAUCUCUCCCCUAGCUUAAAGCAGGCCUAACAAAACUGUCCUCUCCAAUGAUAGUCCUACUCAACGAUAGGGCAGAGGUCAAUGGCCAGCCAAUGGACUGCCUCCGCUUCUCUCAUUGCAUGAGUCUCUUCCUGAUGUACAGACUAUUAUUCCGCUUCUAAACACUACUGUGAAACAAGAUGGUGGAUUCACACAAUCUGACCGGUUCUGGAAGAAAACAAUGGAAUGGAAAGAAUGUUUUAAUUGUGAAAAGCUUUUAUCCACUUGCUACAGCAUCUUGUCACAACACUUUAAAAACAAUUGGUAACUGACUUCUUAUAGGAAUCGCAUAGGUCAUGAUUGACGUUUUUUGUUGUUCUAUUUUGACCAAUUGGAACACUAUUAUUUUUCCUGUUGUUCAGGAAGAAGGGUUGAAAGCAGAGAAGUGUGGUAUGCUUAGAUAGAUGGUCGCUGGCAUACGUAUCACAGAGAAUCGCUGGAAACUGCACGUAACUGCACAAUGAGUAUUCAUAUGCCCCUGUAACUGGAGCCAGGAAACCCCAUGCUUCUCUCUGAGUGGUCACAUGAUGUACAGUACAGCCCCUUAGUCCAACACUAAUGGUGUGAGCUUCGAUUGAACGUGUAGUUUGACUAGGUAAAGCCUACCGCUCAGAGCAAGGGAGGCAGCCAUCUCACUGUUUGUGCCAUGGUUUGGUAGUACACUAGGACCGCCAACUCUCUUAUAAUGCGCUGACACACCAACUACCAAGCACUUAGUAUUCCUAGAUAUGACAGCCUUCUACUGGGGAUAGCAUCUCAAAGCUCUAAAACGAUUAAGCCACUACAACCAUAGAGAUAUAUCUCUGUGACUACAUCUAGUCAUGUGGACUCUUAACAUAGCAGAAUGUCCAUAUCCAUCAGCGCUCUCUAUUCUUCCUUUAGCAUCUCUGUUCAGUGUUCAAAAAAAGAGGGUAAUGUAUGGAAACUGCCACUUUCAUUGACUUUUACUCCAAUGUUAGCUCAGCUGUAAUGACAUGUUUCUUUAAAGUGCCUUAGACACUAGAAAGAGCAUUAGUGGGUAAUGCUGGUGUGCUCCUGUAUUAAAAAGAAAGACGUGUACAUGCUGUAUGUAUUACACACAAACCUAACGAGGCAAACCUGGUGAAAGGAAAACAAAACACUACUUUUUCUUCUUCUAACCCUUUGUCUUGUGUAUUUUUGCUGUGCGUCAUAUCAUACCCAGUGCGUACCUUCUCUCCCGUUCAUACACUGGUAGUAAUCUCUCCAUAGGUAGUGUGUGUGUGUGUGGGGGUCAGAAAUCAGUGUUACUAUUAACUAUGUGAGAUGUGGAGCCUUCUGCUCCCCCUUCAAGAGCAGAAUGUGAUUUCAUUUGGUUAAAAGCUUUAACAUCCAUGAUGUAGUUUUACUGGUGUUUGUAUUAUUAUUAUUCUCAGACUGGCUGUUGACGACCAGGCUUUCAUUCAUCUGCAAAUACCCCCCGCCAUUUUAUUUCUUGUAUGCCUCCGGUAUUUCUAGACUACAGUGAUUUUUUGUAAAAGAAAAUAAAACAUAUUCAUUGUAGAAA